AUGGCCGGCAUCCUUUGGUAUAGAGGCGAGGAGUGGCGAUCAGUAUGGGACUACUGGUUCAAGUGGACCGAUGAACACUUCACGGGCGACGACCUCCCCACAACCCCCAGCGAGAAGGUCGACGCUCCCCCGGACCCGAAGCCUCAUCGGGACCUCUACACUCUCCUUAGAGAUAAUGCGGAUUCGGAUGAGAUCCUGGGGGAGCUAUGGACUGAGGUCAACACAAUCCCCGACUGGGUAGACUGGGCCCAGAUCGAGCGCGGGCAACAGGUCUUCCUCCGCUACGCCGGACCCGCGAUCUUUGCCCUCACAUUCCAAUCCCUGGUUGGCGGCAUGGGCGGCCGCCGUGUCGUCGAAACCCUCUCCCGCACCGGCGGCUUUGGCGUCAAAGUCACACGCCGCCGCCUCCUCGAGACCUUUCAGCACAUCCUCCAAGUGACCCGCGACCUCGCCUCCGUGCAGCCCGGCGGCGACGGCUUCGCCUCCUCUCUGAGGGUCCGCUUGGGGGUGCCCGUCAAUGACCUCGACUCCAUCGGCACCAUCUCCACCUUCUCGGCGACGCUCCUCUGGAUCGGCCUCCCCCGGCAGGGGAUCUUCCUCACCGACGCCGAGAAGGCAGACUACCUCGCGCUCUGGCGGUGGGUCGCCUUCAUCAUGGGCACGCCGACCGAGGCCUUCGCGUCCGUGACCAAGGCGCGGGCCAUGAUGGAGUCCCUCCUGGCCUCCGAGAUCGAGCCCUCCGACACCUCGCGCGUGCUCGCCAACAACGUCCUCUCCGGGCUGUGCAACCAGCCGCCCUCGCACGUGUCGCGCGAGUUCCUCGCGGCCGAGACGUACUGGCUCAACGGGCCCAAGCUCGCGCGCGCGCUGGCGGUCGAGAGGCCGCCGUUCUACUACUCCCUGCUCAUCGUCGGGCAGUGCAUCUUCUUCAUGGCUCUCUUCAACCUGACUGUCCACAAGCCCGAACUCGGCGCCCUCGGGAAAGAGACAAACUUCGAAUUCCAGUACAUCCCGACCCUCGACGUCAUGUCCACCGAGGCCGCCGCCCGGUCCCACCACCUCGAACCGUCGGCGCAGGGUUCCACCCUCGGCACGAACACCAGCCGCCGCGCGCGCGUCACCGAACGCCGAAGCCUCGUUGUGCUCCUGGUCGCCGUCGCCGUGGCGGGGCUGCUCGCCUGGCUAGGCAUCCGGAGCGCCUCGGCGCUGUUUGGGAGGGUUGCCGGGAUGGUUUCACUGGACCUGUGA